GUGUUGAGUUUGCAGAUGACGCGCCGAAAGUGCUUCACGUCACCCAUGUGUGGAAUAUGUCGCACAUUGGGCAGAGCCGGGAAAACGUUGUUGCAGCUUUUGAAGAAGAAGUGGCAGCAGCGCAAGGGGUGCACAAGCAACGGAGCGCAAAGAAGAUUUGUUCUGGAUUGGGCGGCGCAUUUGAGGACAUGCCUGCGGAUAACGCUGCAGCUGCUGGUG